CGCAGAAAUGCUCCGGCUACCCGCGGUCCUUCGCCAGGCCAGGCCAGUGUCCCGGGCGCUGGCCCCGCAGCUCACUCGGGCCUAUGCCAAAGACGUGAAAUUCGGUGCGGAAGCCCGCGCCCUCAUGCUUCAGGGUGUAGACCUCCUGGCCGAUGCUGUCGCCGUUACAAUGGGGCCAAAGGGAAGAACAGUGAUUAUUGAACAGAGUUGGGGAAGUCCCAAGGUAACCAAAGAUGGUGUGACUGUGGCAAAGUCAAUUGAUUUAAAGGAUAAAUACAAGAAUAUUGGAGCUAAACUUGUUCAAGAUGUUGCCAACAAUACAAACGAAGAGGCCGGGGAUGGCACCACCACAGCGACAGUCCUAGCACGCUCUAUUGCCAAGGAAGGCUUUGAGAAGAUAAGCAAAGGCGCGAACCCCGUGGAAAUCAGGAGAGGUGUGAUGUUGGCUGUUGAUGCUGUGAUUGCUGAACUUAAGAAACAGUCCAAACCCGUGACAACCCCUGAAGAAAUUGCUCAGGUUGCUACAAUUUCUGCAAAUGGAGACAAAGAAAUUGGCAAUAUCAUAUCUGAUGCCAUGAAGAAGGUGGGCCGGAAGGGCGUCAUCACAGUGAAGGAUGGAAAAACCCUGAAUGAUGAAUUGGAAAUUAUUGAAGGCAUGAAGUUUGAUCGAGGAUAUAUUUCUCCAUACUUUAUUAACACAUCAAAAGGCCAGAAAUGUGAAUUUCAGGAUGCCUAUGUGCUACUGAGUGAGAAGAAAAUCUCUAGCGUCCAGUCCAUUGUACCUGCUCUUGAAAUUCACGACUUAGGGAAAGUUGGAGAGGUUAUCGUAACUAAAGAUGAUGCCAUGCUUUUGAAAGGCAAAGGUGACAAAGCAAAAAUUGAAAAACGUAUUCAAGAAAUCACUGAGCAGUUAGAAAUCACAACCAGUGAAUAUGAGAAAGAGAAACUGAAUGAGCGGCUGGCGAAGCUUUCAGAUGGAGUGGCCGUGCUGAAGGUUGGUGGGACAAGUGAUGUCGAGGUGAACGAGAAGAAAGACAGGGUCACAGAUGCCCUCAAUGCCACGAGGGCAGCUGUGGAGGAAGGCAUUGUGCUGGGUGGUGGCUGUGCCCUGCUCCGUUGCAUUCCUGCCCUGGACACCUUAACUCCUGCUAAUGAAGAUCAAAAAAUUGGCAUAGAAAUUAUUAAGAGAACUCUGAAAAUCCCUGCGAUGACUAUUGCGAAGAACGCGAGUGUAGAAGGAUCUUUGAUAGUUGAGAAAAUCCUGCAGAGCUCCUCUGAAGUUGGUUAUGACGCUAUGCUUGGAGAUUUUGUGAAUAUGGUAGAGAAAGGGAUCAUUGACCCAACAAAGGUCGUAAGAACUGCUCUGCUGGAUGCCGCAGGCGUGGCCUCUCUGUUAACAACGGCAGAAGUUGUGGUCACAGAAAUCCCUAAGGAGGAGAAGGACCCUGCCAUGGGCGCCAUGGGUGGAAUGGGGGGCGGGAUGGGCGGCGGGAUGUUCUAGCCUAGAAAGCGCUUGGCCCUCGCUCAUGAACUGACAGGAAGCGCCCUGCAGGGUCCUCCCAGUAACUGGAGAUUCACAUGAAGGAAAUGAAGAGCAGGCUGGCUGGUGCAAGGAAGCCACAUGCCCACCAUUGCUGGUUUCAGUUACAGUAUAUAUAAUGGUUUACCACUGUCAUUGUCCAUGCCUACAGAUAAUUUAUUUUGUAUUUUUGAAUACAAAAACAUUUGUACAUUCCUGAAACUGGGUGCCAGAGCCACGUACGAGUGUACUGCUUUCAACUUAAAAUCACGGAGGCAUUUCUACUACUAUUCUGUUACAGUCAGGAUUCUAGUGCUUGCCGUCAGAGAAGUCAAAAGCAGCCUGUCUGUGGAGUGGAAGAAUAAUGGUGUAUAAAAUAAAGAUCAAUGUGACAACCUUUGUGUAAUAAAAAUCUGUUUAAAGUUAGA